AGGGGCAAAAAAGAAGUCAUCCAAGGAAUCACUGCCACUACGCGUAAGUAAUCGGUAAUCGGGUACACAACCGAAGGUCAUUUCCAUCGACGUCGGGGCACCCCUGGCCGCGACAGAUUUCGGAUUCGAAUUAAUCCCCGAUAAACACUCGAACGUCGCCAAGCCGAGGAACACGAUCGUUCGUCGUCCCAUCAGUUCUUGCAAAUGGAGCACAGUUAUAAGAAUACCGACUGUUACUUUUUCUAUUAUUCCACGUGUAAAAAGGGUGAUGAGUGUCCUUUCAGACAUGAGCCAUCUGCCUUGGGUUGUGAAACAAGAUGCAUAUAUUGGCAGCAGGGUAAAUGUCUUGAUGAACACUGUAACUUCAGGCAUAUGGAGUUAAGGAAAAAUCGCAAGUCAAUUCCGUGUUACUGGGAAACACAGGCUGGAGGGUGUAGGAAACCACAUUGUUCGUUCAAGCAUAAAAAUGCUCGUACAAUUACUAGUAAUCCUAUUAAUCCAGUGAAGAAUCCGGAAUUAACAUCAAAGUCAUUAUUAAAUCAGGAAUGGUUCACUCGUCUAGAUGAUGGAAAGUAUGAUGGAAACAGCACAGAGUCAGAUCAAGGUAGAGGAAGUAGCGAAGCAGGCAGUUUUAUUGGCAGUCCAGCUGUUGAUCCUCUUAUCGUCAAAUUUGAAGAAGAGUCGGACAAUGAAAGCGUACCAUCGCCGGUAAAGCCGCAGCCGAGGGUGCCUUACUGCAAGACCUACGAAGAGAUCAGGCUGGAGGAGAUCCAGGCCGAGAGCGCGGCGUAUUACUCGUACCAGAUGGAAGACCAUCGGGGCGUGGUCAGGCCGUGCGAGCCCGCGAAGCCUCCGGCCUGCCCCCGAAACGGCGACAAGAGCCUGAACUUCGAGGUGCUCAGCCUAGAAGAGAUCCGCCGGAGAAAAAGGCGCAGAGAGGGCGUGGCAAACUCGGGAUCGCCCAGGGACACGUCCACUGACACGCCCACGGACACGCCCAGGGACACGCCCAGGGGAGUGAAGCGGACGCUGGAGGAGUGUGACUCCGGCAGGUGCAAGGUCAGGGGUCAUGGGACCGUCCUGACCAGCGCGCCGCCGGUGAAGCUCAGGAGGUCCCCUAAGAGGAUCACUUCCGACGAAAAGUGCCGCAAGGAUGAGGCCUGCAAGCCUCCGGAGAACGUCGAGGACGGUUGCACGAAAGUUGGCCUGCAGAGGCUGGGCCCCGAGGAGACGACAGUCGCCAAGAGGAACGUGGAGGUCAGGCUCUGCGACAGCAGCACUGACGAGGACCAGAGCCUGGUGGAGACCAGCGAGGAGAGGAAGGCUGGCAACCAGGCCAAGGACGUGGCCUGCGAUAGCCUGUUGAGUGUGAACGAGGAGGACUACUUGACGCUCGACAUGGCGUCCGACGAUAUUCUCAAGGACAUUGACGCGCUCCUGAAGGAGAAGACCUCGGUCUGAGGAC